AUGGAGCCUGGCGCGGCGGAAAGCGCGCUGCUGUGCGCGGUCCAGGAGGAACAAGUGCGCGGCUGGGAAAAUACGCGCAAUGUGCAGGAUAUCGAUGUAGCGAUCAUGACUCUGCGCGCGCCUUUGGAGGCAGAGGAGCACGAGCGUGCGGCUGCGCGGGAAGCACUGGCGUUUUUGCUUGCUCGCGAUCUUACCACGCGCAAUGUACUUACGAUGGUGCGCACCGUGCUGCCGCUUCUUUUGGAGCAGGAUACUGCGCUGGCAAUGCGCGUGAUAGAAACGGCGCUCGCCGCGCGCGCAGCGACGCGAAUCCCAGAGAGCGAAGGGGCACAUGCGGCACUUGUCCAGGCGCUGCACGCAGGGCUUGGAGCCCCGCGUGCGGAUGUGCGCUCGCGCGUAGUUUCCAUGCUGCCGCAGGUGCACGCACUGUGGCCGCAGAUGCCGCUUGGCGCGCUGCAGGAUGCGCUCGAGAGCUGUGGUACCGAUAGUGAUGCCUCCGUGCGUGCCGCAGCCGAAAAGACGCUUGGCGCACUUGCGCCCACACUGCGCCCAGCGCUCCCUCCCAUACCGAUGGACGAUAUCAAGCCCGUGCCAAUAGCGGCACGCCACGAGCUCGACCAGCGCUUUUCGUCGCUGCGCGCCGCAUUCCAAGAGAAAGAGACAGAGAACAAUUGGCAGGCGCGCGAGCGGGCGCUUGUAGAUGUGCGCGGCAUGCUCAAGCAUGGCGUGGAGCACGGCUACGCCCCGCUUUUCCUGCAGCAUGUACGCGACGCACAGUCUGGCAUCCUCAAAGCGGCGGCAUCACUGCGCACGACGCUAUGCAUACACGCGAUCCAGCUCAUCCGUCAGCUUGCGCUCGCGUACUGCGUGCCACUCGAAGCGUGCAUGGACGCAUUCUUUGCCGCGCUCUUGCGCAUGGCUGGCUUCACCAAACGGAUUGUAGCGUCGGCGAGCCAAGCGGGCGUGGCGACGAUCCUUGCAUACACCCAUGUGCGCCCCUUCCACUGGCACCAGCUGCAGAGCGCUUUGGCGGACAAGAGCGCUGCGGCGCGGCUGCAUGUCGUCAAGCACCUCGAGCUGCUUCUCGACAUGCGCCGGCGCGCUGCGAUCGAAGCCCAUGGCGGCGUGCUGGUGCUUGGCCAAUGUGUGCAGCGCAGUCUGUGCGAUGCGACGGUCGAGGUACGGACAAAUGCACGCGGCCUUUUUGCACGAUUUCGCACUGUAUUUCCCGAGCAUGCGGGUGAUGUUUUGGAUGCACUGCCGCCCGCCACGCGGAAACAAGUUUUGGCUGCAGAGAAACAUACUGAGCCGCAACGUGUGCGCAGCGGCGCCUCCAGCACGGUGCUCGCCGCGAAGCGCGCCGCUAUCCAGGCGCAAAGUCCUGCUCGCCGCUCGCCAGCCCCGCCCGAGACGCCUUCUGCUGCUGGGCGUGCGCCGCGCGCGUCUUUAUGGCAUCCCUCGCUGUCCGAGCACGCGCCGGAUACGUCUGGAUUGCUGGGCGCGUCGCCAUGGCGCGAAGAGCGCCCCGCCACUGCAUUGUGCGAAGACGCAGAGGGCGUUUCUAGGGCCAUGCCGCUCGACGAAGAGGCGAGGCGCGCGGCACAAGAUGCGUCAGCGUCUGCCUCGCUCCUUGCAGGCAUGCUUGCGAUGCGUGUAGACGAGAGUGCAGACGAGCACGGUGCUGGGCGAGCGCACAUGCGCGACGAUGACAUGCGCGACGAUGCGGCGCCGCGUGCCCCGGAAGGUAUGCCACCGCAUACAUGGCGCGGCGAAAGCGAAGGAAGUGCACACGCAUCCGUCUCGUCCUCGCUCGCGUCCGCGUUCCUCACACCGACAGCGCCGGCGUCGGUAAAAGAUGCACCGCAAGAUCCCAACGUGGCGGUGCAAGCGAGCACGCAUUCUCCUGGGCAUGUGGACGUGAGUGCGCCGUGCCUUGUAGCGCCUCCUACUCCCACUCGGAUGCCCAAAGCAGACACCGCAGCGACACGCUACUUUUUAUCGCGCGUCGAGCGCCAGCAGUCAGGCCCGACGCCGCUCGGCGCAUGCCUUGCGCACCUCACAAGCCACACUGCCGACGCACAUACCCUUGCUGACCUUGCGCAGCGGUGCACCGAAGCACAAGACGAUGCAUGGGGCACUACCUCUAUCUGUGCCGUGCUGGACAGCCUCGCCACGCACCUGGACACUGCCGCAUGGUUUGAGGCAUACACGGUCCUGUACCACCUCGGUGUUUACCAGCACGUGCGCCUGGACGGCUAUCAUACUACCUACUUAGCCCUGGCCCUGCGCGGUGACCCUGAUCCUGCGCGGUAUACCCUUGCUCUCGGCGCGAGUCGCGCCAUGCUCGAUGCAUGGGCCGCACACACCGAGCCGCUCGCAGCGUGCGAUGCUUUGCUAGCAGCGUGCGAGCAUGUCCCGCCGGGCUCACGGCAUGCCCACGCACAGGCACUCUCGAUGCACACGCUUGCGCGGCUGUAUGCGGGCAUGGACGUGCCAACGCUCCGCGCCUCCUUUUCGCGCACGCAAUCAGCGGUGCAAGCCGCGCUGCGCGAUCCCGACGCUGCGGUGCGGCGCGCGGCAACUGACGUGCUUGUGGAGGCGUCGAAGCGCGUGCGCCUCGAGGAGCUACAGGAUGCAUUCUCGCUGCUUACUACGGCCCAGUGGAAUUUAGUUCAGCAGUACCGCGCGCGGCAUGUGGAGGACUGCACGCCGCGCCACUCGGUUCGGAGGGCCUCGGCGCUGCGACUUGGCAAGCUCAUGGAACGGCCGAGCCCGGAUCGAGAGCUACAUUCCACCGCGUCCUCUACGUACCCCGACGACCAGCCCUCUUUUUCGCUUCGUGCGUCACACGCAGACAAGAAACGCGCCGCGCCGCGCGAAAGCCCAAAGAAAAGCAAGCGACACGCCAUGGCCUCGCCCAAAGACACGCCACGCCUGCCCAAAGGUAGCCGGAGCGACGAGCGCCGAGAAGUGCGACGCAGUGAUGCGCGACGCAGUGAAGAGGAGAGCUUAUGGGUCGACGACGACCAAAUGCUCGACGACGAAGCGCUCGACGAAGAAACGCUUGGCGCCGAUCUCGGCCUCGACCUGCGCAGCCUCAGCGGCCUCUUUUCCGGCCUCUCGCGCCGCUUUCACUCCCAUGUGACGGCGCUGAAAAACAGCGCGCACAACCGCACCGCGCGGCUUGUCGCGCUCCAGGAGCUUUGCGAGAUGCUCAGUGUGAGCACUGAAGAUACGCUCCUCGGCAGCUUUCCCACGGACGCCAUUGUCCGCGAACUUCUUUUUUCCCUGGGCGCCAAGGAGUCCGAGCAUGCUCAAGUGGCCGACCAGGACGCAGCACUCGCUGCCGUGCUUGCCGCCACGGGCGAAGAGGACGGCGAGCUGGAAGUGUAUGCGUGCCGCUGCCUCUCGUACCUCCUCGAGGCUUUGCCCCAGUCUGGCCACGUCAUGGUGCGCCACAAGGCCGUCCCCAUCCUCGUCGAAAAGCUGCAGGAAAUCACGUUUAUAGAUCUUGCCGAGCAGGUCCUGGAGACGCUGGAGCGGCUCUCGCGCACACAUGCGCCCGCGAUUGUGCGCGAAGGAGGCAUGCGCGCCAUGCUGCAGUAUCUCGACUUUUUCAGCAUGUAUGUGCAGCGCACCGCCAUGGCUACCGUCGCAAAUUGCUGCGAGGAUCUGGCCCCGAGCAUGGCUCCGCGUGUCGAGGAAAUCGCGCCCAUGAUCCAGGCGGUGCUCGGAUACGCAGACGCAAAACUCGUCGAAGCCGCAGCGCGCGCAGUGUGCCAUAUCGCCGCAUCGCUUUCCGGGGAAUUAGCGCUGGAAAGGUUCCUCCUGCAGAUGAUCUCUCCGCUGUGCGUUCUUUUGCGCCGCAACAUUGCCCGGGACGACGGCCCCACGCUCGGGAGCGCGGUGUACACUGCGCUCCUGCACCUCCUUGCCAAUGCUGCACAACACAGCGCGGGAAUUGCCGAGGCGCUGUACGAAAACGGCGUGCUCGACACCCUCUAUUCUUUGCUGAGCGGCGCGCCACUCGAUACGACCGCCGAUGCAACGACAGUCAUGCACAAUCUGGCGCGCCGCUCCGCGGGCGAAGUGCAAGAGAGCCUCAAACUCGCCGCAAAUCUCUUGUCACCGCUUCCCCGCGAAGGCAUCUUUGACAAGAAGGCGUACACGGAAAAAGCAUACCACACACUCGCGCGUCGCGCCGAGUGCGAGGGAUGCAGCGUGGCAGCACUGGAGCCUGAAGCUUACCGCCAAGGUGCGUCGCAGCAGCGCCAGCAGCAAGCGGCUGCCAAACGCGCAGCCUUCCAAGCCACCUGGCCGGAUUUCUACGAGUCGUACACACGUCUGAUGCUCCCGACGUUUAUCGAAGUGUACGCCGCGAGCGCCUUGCCGAAUGUGCGCGCAGGCAUUCUAUCUGCCUUGCUCCGCGCCCUGUGGUACGCCUCUGGGCACGCGCUCGAAACGAGUUUGAGCGCCGUGCCUCUGGCUAGUUUUCUCAGCGGCGUGCUUGCUUCACGCGAGCAGCCAUUGCUGGCGCAGUGUGCCUUGCAGGCCGUCGAGCUCCUCGUGCAUAAGCUGCCGCGUAUAUACUGCGCAUUGCUGGCGCGCGAAGGCGCCUUGUACGAAAUUGAGCAGCUUGCCGAGCACGCCACAGCGCCCCAAGUGCUCUGGCGUGCGAAGCUGGUCCAUGCGCGACUCGCGGCGUUGGGCGCAGACGCGGGUGUCGAAGAGGCCAACACGCAGCUGCACAAGCUUAUCGCGCUUGCCGACACUCUGCGCAAUGUCGAUGCGCCUGCUGGCCCCGCGGCGCUGGACGCGUUUGCCUCUGUCUUGCGCAGCUCCGCGCCCGUCUCCAGUUUUGAGCUGCUCCGCUCGGGCCUUGUCGAUGCCGUGUACGAAUUUGGGACGCGAAAGACAGGCCCCAUGCCCUUGCACGAGCGGCGUGCGUUGCUUGCCGCGGCAUUGCAUACAGAUGGCGACGCACAUGCAGGCUACUGUCUUGUGCAGCGCUUGCAAGAGAGCCUGAGCCGGCUCGAGGAUGUGCACGUCGCCACAGGACGGUUUGAUGCGCCUGCGAACCUCUCGCAGCAAGUGCGUAUUCGUUUGGAGGCCGAUGCGGCCACUGCGGUGCAUUUGCCGCGCCAUUUCCAGUCGCUGGUCAUCAGCAUGCACGCCGUUGCGACCCUGCAGACGCUCUACGACUUUCUGCGACCAAAGUUGGAGGUCGCCAUGGCUGGCGGACACACCGUGUCUGGCCUCUCGGACGUAUUGGCCGCACUGGCGGGAGGAGAUUUGGACGAGCUGGGUGCGAUUCAGGAAGACGACCAGGACGGGCACGUCGAGGAUGUGGACAGCGGCACAGAAAGUGCAGGCACAGAGCCAAGCGACGGCGCAGAGACGGAAAAAGAAACGCGCUCGUAUGCGUCCGCCGCGCGCUCCUCCAAAAAUGCAUGGCACAUUGCAUUUUCCAUGGCUGGCCAUGCGCUGCCGCUCGAUGCAACCGUGUAUGCGUGCAUUGAUCAGCACGCCAAAGAACAAUUGUCCUGGUCGCAGGUGUUUACCAUCCAUUUUAGCAAAUGCGAUGGGCCGUUGCCCGCAGCGCCACCGCAAACGCCAAAGCGCGAGGCAUGGCAAUCUGGGUCUGCGGUGGCACUUCCUCCGUGCAUUGCGCCGAAUGCGCCGUAUGCACGCACACUGCAACUCCUCGGCGUCUUGCACGACCUCUCGGACGAAGCCAUGGUCGGCGACGGCCAGCUUGUUCUGAACCCUGCUGCAUUCCACAACAACAAACUCACCGCCAAACUCGCACAGCAGCUUCAGGAGCCGCUCGUGGUGGCCAGUGGCUGCGUCGCGGACUGGGCGCAUGCGCUUCCACGCACGUUUCCAUUCUUGUUUUCGUUUGAUACGCGCCUUGCAUACUUCCAGUCCACGUUUGGGUACGCACGACGCUUGCACUACCUGCACAAGGCCGACGGAAAUAUGUCGGACGAGGUUUUGAAUGCACUUGCCCAGCUUCCGCGCCAAAAGGUACGUGUGUCGCGCACUUCGCUGCUGUCUUCGGCGAUCAAAGCGCUGGAGCUGUAUGGAAAAGGACCUUUUAUGCUCGAAGUCGAGUACUUUGACGAGGUUGGCUCUGGCCUCGGUCCCACGCUCGAGUUUUACACGCUCGUCUCGCGUGCUUUUUGCAAAACAGACCUCGGCCUAUGGCGCAGUGAGUCUGCGGACGAGGAUGUAGACGCACGACAGGGUCUCUUUCCCGCGCCAAAGUCCAGCGAAAAGGUUUUAAGCCUUUUUACCUCGCUGGGCCAGUUUGUCGCCAAGUCUUUGCUGGAUGGCCGCAUCGUUGACCUUCCGCUGAACCCUGUGUUUGUGCGCGCGGUCUUGGCGCGGCCUGUGCCGCACACACUGAAAACGCUCGCUCAAGUCGACGCUGCGCUUGCACAGUCGCUGCAAAAAUUGCGCGAGCUGCCGCCUGCAGAGCUCGAUGCAUUGUCGUUGGAUUAUGCCGUGCCGGGCGGCGAGGCAUUGGAGGGCGCAGCUCUCGUCACGGCAGAAAACGUCGGCGCGUACAUUGCACAAGUGAUCGAUAACGUGCUGGACAUUGGCGCACAGGUAGACGCAUUCCGCGCUGGGUUUCACGAAAUCUUGUCGCUCGAUACGCUGCAGGUGUUUACGACGGAGGAAGUCAUCGGACUGGUCGGCCAGCUUGCGGAAGACUGGUCAGAGACGGCACUUCGCCGUGCGAUUGUGCCGGAUCAUGGGUUCGGGCGCGAUAGUACUCAGUACCACGACCUGAUCGCCAUUCUGUCGUCUUUCUCGAUGCAAGAGCGCCGCGCAUUUCUGCAAUGGCUCACUGGCUCGCCGAGACUCCCUAUGGGGGGAUUCGAUGGCCUGCAUCCUGCACUGACAGUUGUGCGCAGGGAUCAUGAGACACCACUUGGGCCGGAUGAUUACCUGCCGAGUGUGAUGACAUGUGUAAACUACCUCAAGCUCCCAUGCUACACUUCGCGCGAGACAAUGCGCCGGCGUUUGUGCACAGCAAUGACAGAGGGACUGACGAGUUUCCAUCUUUCAUAG